AAGGGGGAAACACGAAGAAUUUGAUAGUAGGGUUUUAAGAAAUUCUAUAAACUGGAAGCAGAAAUGAAAAAUUGGAGAAAAUGGUUUUGUAAUUAAAGACUAAAAGUAAACAACUUUGAACCAAAAUUAACUAAAAAAAAUGGAGAAAGAGGAUCAUAGGGUUGCACAAGUGGAAUUAGCAAAGCAAAGAUGCGCGUGCGUCAUUGAUGCAAUUCAUCAAUUACCAUCUUCUUCAAACAUCACACAAUCAUGCAAACGAACUCUCCUCAAAUUGGCACGUGCUGAACUUGCUUUUCUCUCUCGAUCCUCUACUUCUUCUUCUACCCCUCUUAGUGUCAACAUUGGGCACCUGGAAGCAGUUGUACAUAUUCUACAGCAGCCUUUCAUAAGUGGAGUUUCUAGAGUUUGCAAAUCAAUCCCACUAUCGCCUUCAGUUACUCGUGAAGAUCGGCAGGAUUCUGCUCUUAAAGACAUCCAUGUCGAUGUGGUGUGUAUCCUCAACGGGAUGCCUGUGUGGAUUAUAGUAUCCGACAGGAAUCCACAGUACAUUUCUUGGAGUGAAUGUCAUAAAAGUAAGGGUUUGAAGCUACGCAUUCAACAAGUACUUGCUGCUGCUAAAUCUAACUUAACCUUAAGACCUUCCUCAGUUAUUAUUUUCUUUGCAAAUGGGAUUGCAACCCAUGUUUAUGACAAGCUUUUGGAUGAGUUCGGGGCAUCUGAAAUCCGGUUGGAAUUUCCGGUUUUCAGUUCGAAGAUGUUGGAAGAAACAGAAGGUGACUGGGUAAAUGUUAUCGCGAGAUCGUGUAGAGAUGCAUGUGUCCUUGAAAUCAACAUUGUCGAUGACAAGAAUGUUGUUCCAAAUUUAGAAUGUAAUGUUGAAAGUUCGACUGUGGAUUCUUCUCCGGUAAAGUUUUCAGUAGGAAAGGCCGACGAAACACGACUGCAUUGUUUGGAAGAAAACGCCAUUAAUAGGGGUUCCUCUCAAAUUGAGCGUUCAAUAGAUAAAGCUGAAACUAGACCACAGCGAUCACAAGAGGAAUUUGAAACAAAGUUCGGCGAUACAUUCUGUUCUGUUAUUAUGGGAAUGAAACUGAGCUCCCUGGAUGAUGAAAAUUCAGAAUCGACUGAGCCUAGGAAGCUUUUAGGUGGGAGUGAUUUGGUAAAUUUUGAUACAACAGCUUUGAUAGCUUUUGUAUCAGGAAUUAGUAAUGGUGGAACGGAGAAACUUUUGGCCACUCCAGAAACUGAACUGAGACAACGGUUUAAGGGAAACUUUGACUUCGUGAUUGGUCAAGUAAUGUCUGAACUUCAAAAUCCAAUCCAUGUGGAAUUUGGUAGAGUCUUAUGUGGGAAGCAUGGCAUAAUUUGUGAGAGUGUUCUUUCAGAAUUUAAGGAGUUGGUACUAAUGUGUGGAGGGCCCAAUGAGAAACUUAGAGCUGACAAGUUAAUCAGCUGUCUCAGGGUUGUUCCCGAUACUCCUUCGGAACGCGUGAUGGGCCUCCCAACAACUAGGAAGCUAGCAUUAAAAAACAAGAUUGUCUUUGGCACUGGUGACUAUUGGCACGCCCCAACUUUGACGGCAAAUAUGGCGUUCGCCAGAGCAGUUUCACAGACAGGGAUGUCCCUCUCUACUAUUGAACAUAGACCAAGAGCCUUAACCGGUGACUAGGGACAAAAAGUGUUAAAGGAGGAGCAUUCACACAGACGCUUGAUCAGCAUAUGCACUUGCCAAAGAAGCCUCUUUUUUGUUGGUGAUUUUGAGUGCAUAGGACACGGAAAUGGAUGAUGGUGCUGCACCUACAACGGACAAUCGUUUUCUUAUUUUGAGGAACUUGGAGCCACCAUUCAAGUUGUCAGUGGUGGCGGUGCUUCCACCACUACAGGGUGGACCCUUUCCUAAGUUAUAUCUCCCAUGAAUGCAAAGUGCUUUUGCCAUUUCAUCUUUUGUUGUAAUUAACUGAUUAUUACUCCCUUUUAGCUCUCAAGUGAAGAAUGGUGGGAGUAGUGUAAUGUUUCUGUUCUAUGUAGAUAUUCCUUAUUUGACUCAAAUGUGAAAUGCUUGUAAAAAGUUACCAAAUUAUUUUUGGUGUUUUUUGCAUAUUUUCUGAAAACAUCUCUUCCGUUAAUUUGAGAUCA